AUGGCGACAAUCAACACCAAUGGCCGGCAGCCAGACGUCCCGGUGCAUUCUGAGUAUCAUAAGUCGGCGUUUACCUUGCCAAAUGGAUGUCCGGUCGACAAUCCUUUCCACUCGGAAAAAGUCCAGCAGAAAGAUGGAAACACCUACAAGAUGUCGCAGCUUCUGCAGGAUACCUACAAUAUGGACCAGCUAGCCCAUCUUAGCCGUGAGCGUAUCCCUGAAAGAUUUGGUCAUGCCAAAGGAUGCGGCGCUUAUGGAGAAUUCACCGUGACGAGCGAUGAAAUCCAGAAGUAUACCUGCGCCGACUUUCUCUCUGCGAAGGGCAAGAAAACUCCGCUGUUCUCUCGUUUGUCCACCACGUCUGCAUUCCGAGGCUCGGCGGAUACUGUACGUGAUACCAGAGGAUUUGCGUUCAAGCUUUACACGGAAGAGGGAAACCUGGAUUGGGUCUUUUUCUGGCCGGGCGUCUUUUCCAUCUGGGAUGUUGGGAAGAUCAUCUCCAACAACCAUGCGACCAAAAAGUGCCCUGCCACAGGCAUGGCAGAUCCCAACAUGCACUUUGAUUUCAUCACGAAAAACCGCGAGGCACUCAAUUCCUCGAUUAGGCUCCACAGUGAUGACGGAACCCCAAGAAGAUAUAAUGAUAUCACCAUUGGGAGUCUGAAUACAUACACUUUUGUCAAAGACGAGGACAACUAUUCCUAUGUCCGAAUCACCUUGGUGCCCGCUCACGAGGUCCACACUCCAUUCACCAACGCCGAGGCUGCUGCUCAGGCUGGUGUGGACCCAGAUUAUCACAUUCGCAGGUUGUAUAAGCAAAUCUCAAAGAACACCGACAAAGAAGCUGGAUAUAGGUCGGAGAUACACAAAUUAACCGAACAGCUUCAGAAAGGCAACCUUCCAGAGGAUGAACAAAAGAAACUCUGGGAGAAGAUUCAGGAAAAUGAACAAAACAUCGAGAAGCUGGUUUGGCCAGAAUGGAAAGUGGUAGCCCAAAUCAUCCAACCAGAGGAUGUGAAGGAUGUCAAAGUCAACAUCUUGGACGCCAGCAAAGUCUUUCCCAAAGACCAAGAUGAUAUCAUCAAAACGAUUGAGUUUGGCAGGCUAAGGCUCAAUCGCAUCCCGCGCAACCAAUUCGCGGAGGUUGAGCAGGCGGCAUUCUGUGCGGCCAACAUCGUUCCAGGAUGGGAUAUUACCCCGGAUCCAAUGCUCCAAGCACGUAUCUUUGCCUACCCUGACACUCAGCGUCACCGACUGGGUGUCAAUGCUGAGCACUUGCCAGUCAAUCGCCCCAAGAGGGUGUGGAACCCUCUCAGACGGGACGGUCCGAAUUCGCUCUUCAACUAUGAAGACGUUCCCACCUACGUGGCGGACUACGAGCAGACACAGGCUCUUGAGGGUACGAGGACCGCCUCGAGUUUCGCCAACCCGGAGCCGUGGACAAAGAAGCCGAAGUCGAGGGUGCCACGUUGGGACACAGGCAUUGACGUGACGAGAGGAUUGAACGAGUGGGCAGAACAGCCUCCUCUAGAACAACCGCGGGACUACUACUUCAAUGAGCUCGCUGGUCCUCCACCAGAGAAGCAUUGCAACGAACAGUAUAAAGCAAUAGCGAAAGAGAAGGGAAUCCAUUACCGGCAGUGGGCGUUGGUCGAAAACUACGCCCAGCACCUCCACGGAGUCAGAUGCGAUAUCCGAAUUAGAACAUAUGGUAAGUUCCACAACAUGAGGACGAUGCGGAGCAUUGCUAACAAAACGGAAGAAAUGUUCUUCGAGAUGGAUAACGUCAACUGGGAAGGCAAAUGGCCAACUAAGAAGAACUUGGGCAAUCUGAUUCGAGAGCGCACCAUCGAACUCAUCACUGCCGAUAAGCAAGCCGUUGAUAGUGACGACGAGGAUGAGGAAGGCCACCCAAGAUAUGCCAACGUUCCGUCGCUUCAAGUGUCUCGGGCUCUGGGGACUGCGACUGAUCCUUACCCGACUGUUUCUGUUCAGGCCUCCCACAAGCUUCCUGAUCACGACUUGCGCUUCUUGCCAAACUGAAGGACAUCGACCCUGUCUUUUUCCUGUUCUGUUUUUCUCCUAAUAUUGUGUGACC